AUGUCGACCAAAAUGAUUGCUCCGCCGCAAACCUACUCGCGCCUGUUCCGCCCGUGGGACGGCCGGGAACCGAAGCCGGAGCCGAGGGAUCGUGCCGGGGAUCCAGUGGACGGGGACGAGUCGUUCUGUGCCAGUGACAGUGACAGUGAGCAAAGUACGAUCAAAUCGGAACCGAUGGAUUACCCCAGCCCGGUGAAGUCGCGGGUCAAGAGCAGCCCAGGCGUAGACCCAACCUCGAUGCAGUAUCCUUCGCCGGAUAUUGCCACGUACUACCAGUACUACUACCACCAGCACCAGCAGCAGCAGCAACAUCUUGGCGAACAUCCGGCGGCGGCUCGUCAGCUGCACCCCGGGCCGACGGCCAUCGGACCAUUCGGGGCCGGCUGUCCGCCGCUCGAUCCACUCGCCUUCACGUACGACCAGAUGGAGCAGGAGUACCUGCGGGUGCUGAGCGAGGAUGCGAAGGCGAAGCUGCUGGCCAGCCGUAAGCAGCGACCGAAGAAGUUCAAGUGUCCCCACUGUGACGUGGCGUUCUCCAACAACGGUCAGCUGAAGGGCCACGUCCGCAUCCACACCGGGGAGCGCCCGUACAAGUGUGACGAGUCGAGCUGCGGCAAAACGUUCACCCGCAACGAGGAGCUGACGCGCCACAAGCGCAUCCACAGCGGCAUCCGGCCGUACGCCUGCCAGACGUGCGGGAAGAAGUUUGGCCGCCGGGAUCACCUGAAGAAGCACACGAAGACGCACAUGCCGCAGGAGCGGUACACCUACGCUCUGAUGCCGGCGUCGGCCGCCGCUGCCGCCGCCGCCGCCGCCAUGCUGAUGCCAAUGUACGCCACGCACGUCUUCGGGUACUGA